GAUUCAAAAAAGGGUAGAGAGAGAGAGAGAGAGAGAGAGAGAGAGAGAGAGAGAGGGAGGGGUAUGGCUUUUAGUGUAGCCACUCCCAAGUUGAUAAAUUUUGGCUCAACCAUGGUUAGAGUAAUCGCGCGGAAUCCGAGGACUUUUUUUACCGCGGUUACACGGCCUCUGCAGGCGAGCGCAGAGAAGGAGGCUAAGGAGACCCACAAGAACAUCAAAGAUGCAUCUAGCGAGCUGAAGAAGACAGCAGAAGAUCUCAGGGGGAAAGUCAAUGAGGCUGCCGAUCAGGUUAUCGAGAAAACAAUAGAGGCAGCAGGAAAGGCGAUCGGGGCGGCGCAGAACAGCGGAGGAAGCGCGAAGGCGACGGCGCAGGGCGCCUGGGGGGCGGCAAAGGAGACCUUCCACAAGGUGAAGGAUACGGUGGCCGAAAAGGUCGAAGAAGUGAAGGACCCCAUCAAGAACAGUGCAGAGACUAUCAAGCGCGCCGUCGUCGACGCGAAAGAUUGAACCAGUUUACUGAACCUGUCAUUCUUACAUCUGAAUCGAAAUUGUUUUCGUUGUUGUCGCGCUUGUUUUCGUUCCUAAAUUCGAAAAGGAUUAUGAUUUGUGAGAGAGAGAGAGAGAUCUUUUCGAUUUCGGUUUUUAAAGUGGCACGGUACUAGCUCAGUACGAUCUGAAUUUAUUUCGAUUUUAAUUUCAAUCGCGAACCAAACACACCCUGGAGGAAGUUCCAAGUA